AUGGCACGAGACGGAACAAAAUGGAACGCAAACGGCGUACGGACGAUGCGGAUGAUGUUGGCCAGAUGCCGGACUGAACCCGGAGUCGAGAGCCGGCGUGGGAAACCUCGGCUGAACCCACGGGACCCACCUAGGUAUCCUGUCGCGUCACAAGGUACGUCUCAUUGGCACCCUGGGGAAGCUGGAGAGCGUGGCUCGGCUACUGCUAAGCUUUCCCCCCAAUCCAAAAAGAUUAUCAACAGCUAUUCAUACAGCCAGCUUGCUCCGAGAAUCUACUCGAACACUGUCGUGAACCACAUCAACUCAUACGCGAUUACGUACCAAUUGACCGUCUUCCCUCCCUUACUUGCGACCCAUAAGCUCCAGGAGCCUAUCAGUCGAACCACAGGUCCUCCCCCCUCCGUCCGUCCGUCCGUCCAUCCAUCGCGCGCGCAGCCCGGAUUGCAAGCAGGAGACAGGAAUCCCAACUUGUCGAAGAUGUCGUGGCGCAUUCAGAACCUGCCCGAUUCCCAGACGAAUCCCUCGGGCGCGGCGCCAGGAGGCGGAGGAGAACGAGACCGUGGCAGCAAGAAGUCAAAGUCAAAGUCCACGUCGGACGGGCGCGGCGCGAUCAAGAGGCUCAUCAAGGAACUCGACGUGUGGCGGUCGGAGAAGAAGGAGGAGAGGGGCAUCGAGAGGUUGGGCCCCGUCGACGAUGAGGAUCUGUUGACGUGGGAGGCUGUUGUCAACGGGCGGGGGAUCGGGAACGGGUAUGAUGAGGGCCGCUGGCUCCUACACAUCCAGAUCCCGACAGACUACCCCAUCCGCCCGCCGACGAUACGCUUCGCGACGCCCGUGGUCCACGCCAACAUUGCGCUGCAGACGGGCGAGGUCUGCCUCGACCUGCUCAAGGACGCCUGGACGCCCGCCUACAGCGUCCUCGAGAGCGUGCGCGCCGUGCGCACGCUGCUCGCCUACCCGGAGACGGACUCGCCGCUCAACGUCGACGUCGCGGCGCUGCUGCGCGGCGGGGACGUGCUGGGCACGCGCGCGCUCGUUGAGUUUUGGUGCCGCGAUGACGAGGGGCGGUAUGAUGGGCCCUUGGAGGCGGCAUAUCUUCUAAAGGGAGAGAAUUUGGGUUGGAUUUCAGCAGCGGCUUAUGUUUUUGGAUUGUAUAAUUGCAGCGAGAAGCUCACUUUGAGAUACAAUAUCAUUUGUGCUCUCUCUAAUGCCGCGGAUAUCUUGCUCAACCCACGAUUCGUCACCGCACCCCCCUCUCGAUUCCUCGCGGCGCGUCGUUGUUUUUCAUCUUACACCCUCAAGAAGCCAAUGCUAAUCCCUCCGAUAUUCCACCAGGCUCCCAGAUUUGUUUAUGUAGUUUGCUGUGUGAAAUGUACUGCAGAGAACGCCCGUUGCCCAACCCCCCCGCCGCCAUUUCCCAUCCGAAGAAAGUGGAACGCAAUUAUGUUUUGGCAAGAUACGAAAGAAAGGGGGUAA